AUGUCUAACAGUACCAGCACCAGUACUACCACCUCAAACCCUGCUGUUUCCACCGAUGCCACAUCCGUUUCAACUGACGCGGUCCCAGCUACAAUAGUUGCACCAAUGCCAACGGAUCCAAAUGUAACAAGAAUUCUAGGUGGCCUUUAUCUAGGUGGUAUUCAACCAAUUGUCGAUCAUACUCCCUUAUCUGCUCAAUUCAAAAUAUCCCACAUUUUAUCCAUAAUAAAAUUUCAAGUCAUUCCAGAAUAUCUAGUAAGGAAAGGUUACACAUUGAAAAAUAUCCCAAUUGAUGAUGAUCAUACUACUGACAUCUUACAAUAUUUCAAUGAAACGAACUCAUUCAUCGAUUCAUGUUUAUUCCCAAACGAAAAGGAAUAUGAUCCACGUAUAGUAAAUUUUAAGAAAAAACAACAAAAUGGUGCAAUUUAUGUUCAUUGUCAUGCAGGUGUAUCAAGAUCCGCUACCUUUAUGAUCGCUUAUUUAAUGUAUAGAUAUGGUUUAUCUUUGAAAAAUUCAAUAUAUGCUAUAAAAAGGAAAUUACCUAAGAUUGAACCAAAUGAAAAUUUUAUGGAACAAUUAGAAAUCUUCUCGAGGAUGGGUGGACAAUAUGUGGAUUUUGAGAAUCAGGAAUAUAAAUCUUGGAAAUUGAAAAAUUCAAUUAAAUUAGAUCCAACUGGUGAUUCCAUUUUAUCUAAAGAUGAAACUUUUAAAAUGGAUCAAGAUGAGGAAAAGGAUUUAGCUAAGAUGACUCCAGAGGAAUUAGGUAAAGUUACUACUGUGAGAUGUAAAAAAUGUAGACAGAGAUUGGCAUUAUCUACUUCUUUCAUUAAGCAUGAUCCACCAAGUAGAGAAUCUUCCGAAGGUCAUUUCAUUAAGAGAGCUGCUGGUUCAAGAAGAAUUAUAGAUAUUCAAGAGUCACAAUCACAAUGUUCUCAUUUCUUUACUGAACCUUUAAACUGGAUGAAAGAUGAAUUGAGAGGUAAACAAGAGUUAGAAGGGAAAUUCUCAUGUCCAGGUUGUAAUAGUAAAGUUGGUGGAUAUAAUUGGAAAGGUUCAAGAUGUAGUUGUGGGAAAUGGGUUAUUCCUGCUAUUCAUUUACAAGCAAAUAAAGUUGAUCAAUUCCCAUUAAAUCAAAAAGCUCUUCCUAAUUUAAUUCAUUUUAAAUCAAAAGAUGGUAAUUAA